AGCGCCGAAAAUAUUGAAGCUGCGAAUGUGUUGUGAAGCACAAUUUAACGCAUAAUUUCCCUUUUUCUCCUUGUAAGUUGUACGGUAAACAGUGGUUUAUUUAUAGGUUAUGGUCAAGCGGCUUCGGGCGCUGUGAAGGAUUGCAUUCAGUUUUCUUGUCGGAACAACAAUCGGUGGUCGUUAAAAUGGACUUCAACGCUCUGCUUCAACAAGCACAAAAGCUAACCCACGAAACGCAGGUUUCCGAUGAUUUGCCACGGGUGGAACGUACAUUGCCGCAAGUGCUUCAAGCGACGCAGGAACUUCAUUCCCGGGUCACCCAGACCGGUGCCCAGGAUAUGCAGGCCCACAUCCUGCUAGGCUCGAAUGGUAUUGAUUUGCCCAAAAUAUCGCAAAAGCUAGAGACGCUAAGCUCGCGCAAAACAUUCGAACCGCUCGAUCCCAUCGCGACAACCGAUGUGCAGAACUUUCUUCGGAACGAGAAAGAAAAUGCCAUAUUGGCGGUUAUAGAAGAGGUGCACAAAAAUUCAUGUCUUUCGGCGGAAACACAAAAAUGGGAUCAUAUGAUAAACGACUGGAAGCAGGAAAAGGUGAAGCUCAUGAAUGCGCUAAUUGGCCCCUCGCAAAACUGGAUCGACAUACGCAAAGGUCCCGAGCAGACGGUUCUGAAUGAAGGCACUUUCGGUGGUCGGUCAUCGUUGAACAGCCAGGAAAUGGCGUACGCCCGUGAGGUGCAUGAGUACAAUAAGCUCAUCUGUGAGGGAGCAAUGCGCCCUUCGUUGAUACAACGUUUUGCGCAGGUUGCGGAGACAUUCAAUGAUUCGCGUAUCACCGAUGUCUGGGAAGUUAUGAAGUUCAUGACAAAUGUGACGCCAAUUCCUCGAAGUCAGGAUCCACUGAUGGUUCGCUGUGCACAGCAUCUUUUCAUCGAUCAAGCGAAGCGCUAUCUGGAAAGCCGCUACAAGCUGUUCAUGCAAACGGUCGUCUCGGAGCAUCUGCGAGAAGCACGUCGUGGCGGUGUUCCAAGUCUGCUCAACUUGGUGGGAUCAUUUGUGGGACUCAAGCUGUCCACCACAACACUCAAUUCAUCCUUCAUGGGACUGCAGGAUGGUGAGGUUGACGGAAAACCUCUGUGGCCGAUGGUGUACUAUUGUUUGCGCUGCGGAGAUAUCGCUUCCGCGCUCAAGUGUAUGCAAGUGGCCGGCCAGGGCCAUGAGGAUCUAACCGCGAUACUGGAGGAAAAAUGCCACAAUCCUAAUCAGAAGCCUUCCCCUCGACUGGAGCUGCAGAUCCGUAUGCAGUACAAGCGGCAAAUACGGAACGCUACCGAUCCGUACAAGCGGGCCGUUUACUGCAUCGUUGGGUGCUGUGACGUACAGGAGGCGCACGCUGAUAUCGCCUCAACGACGGACGAUUUUCUGUGGAUUAAGCUCUCGCUCAUUCGAACGGAGGGUGACGAUAACUCGGAACAUCUAACGUGCUCGGGAUUGCAGAGCAUGAUACUAGAACAGUACGGGGAAAAACACUACAACGCUAGCGAACAGCCUCAUUUGUACUUUCAGCUACUAGCACUGACCGGCCAGUACGAGGCGGGUGUUGAAUUCUUAUCACGCUUCGAGAAGUAUCGUGUCCAUGCGGUCCAUAUCGGGUUGGCGUUGAACGAGCUGCACAUGAUUGGUGGGCCGCGUAAUCUACAGGAACCGCUGCUAUCGGUUGACAUCAUGGACCCGCAACCGAUGCGCCGUCUCAAUCUAGCACGACUGAUUAUGUUGUACGUGAAAAAGUUCGAAAUCACUGACCCCUCGGAGGCGCUCCACUAUUUCUUCUUCUUGCGCAAUCUGAAGGACAGCGAGGGUCGGAAUUUGUUCCUCGUCAGCGUUGCGGAUCUUGCCAUCGAGUGCCGCGACUUCGACCUCCUAUUCGGCCGUAUGCAACGGGAUGGAAUACGGACCCGUGGGCUGAUCGAUCAGUUCGAAAGUGUUCAAGUCGAUACGCAAGUCGUUUGCGAGAUGGUUGCGGAAAAGUUCGUCAAAAAAGGCAUGUUCGAGGAUGCCAUUCGGAUGUUUGACCUGGCUUCGCAGCAAGAACAGGCGCUGCGCCACACAUCCAUAUUACUUUCCCAGGUGGUGCAUCACGUGAACAAGGAAGGCUCGCUGCGGCAACGCGUGCAACGUAUGGCGAACGAUUUCGCUGAGCGCUACACGGGGGUCGAGAAAAACUGUGACCCCCAGACAUGGUCAACGUUUAACUUGCUGAAAGAGCUGGCCACUUUCUUCGACUAUUACCACGGGAAGAAUCAUCAAUCGGCCAUGGACGUGCUCGAGCGCAUCAAGCUGGUGCCGCUCCGCAUGUCCGACCUGGACGCUUCGGUACACAAUUUCAAGCGGCUGUCUGGGGAAGUGUGUAAAGUUAUUCCUGAUUUGCUGCUGGCGACGAUGGACAUUGCCUACACCAAGUACAAAGCGAUGAAAGGAAAGGAAGUUGGCAAAUUCGAUGACCUCGGCAAAAAGAACCAACUGAGCUAUCUUCGCGAACAAGCAAAAGCUCUGACAAAUAUGGCCGCGAUGGUGCCGUAUCGUAUGCCCGGUGACACCAACAGCAGGCUCAUUCAAACGGAGAUUCUGAUGCAUUGAGGAAACGGGCCCAUCGCUCAUCAGAUUGACCCUUAUCAAUUCAUCGAAAUAAAUCUUAACCUUACGUUAAUAAUGAACAAAAUGAGUACGCACGC